AGCGCGAGUGACGUCACAGCCGACUGAUUCAAACGCGCGUGCGGAGCGUCUUUCCGCAGCAGCGACUGAAGGUCAGAGACACAGACAGCACUGAUAACCGGACCUGAAGUGACCCCGCGAUGCCUCCUCCCGUCGGGCCGCCAGUGGUCCCGCCUCCUGAUGGUGGGUGGGGCUGGGCUGUUGUGGGCGGAGCCUUCAUCUCCAUCGGCUUCUCCUACGCCUUCCCAAAAGCCACCACUGUGUUCUUCAAGGACAUCCAGAGGAUCUUCGACGCCUCGUACAGUCAGGUGGCCUGGAUCUCCUCCAUCAUGCUGGCCGUCAUGUACGCUGGAGGCCCCAUCAGUAGCAUCCUGGUGAACGCGUACGGCUGUCGCCCCAUCAUGAUCCUGGGAGGAUUCCUGUGUGCCGUCGGGAUGAUCGGCGCCUCGUUCUGCAACAACGUCAUCCAGCUCUACAUCUGCAUCGGCGUCAUCGGGGGCUUCGGUCUGGCGUUUAACCUCCAGCCGGCGCUGACGAUGAUCGGCCGCUACUUCUACAAGAAGCGCCCGAUCGCGAACGGCCUGGCGAUGGCGGGCAGCCCGGUGUUCCUGAGCACGCUGGCGCCGCUGAACCAGUACCUGAUCAACGAGUACGGCUGGCGCGGCAGCUUCCUGAUCCUGGGCGGGCUGAUGCUGAACUGCUGCGUGGCCGGAGCGCUCAUGAGGCCCCUGGUGGGGCCGGCGGCCCCGAAGCAGCCCGUCGCAGUGAAGCCGGCGGCGCAGGAGAAGCUCACGGCCUGGCAGACCAUCAACAAGUACCUGGACCUGUCGCUCUUCAAACACCGCGGCUUCCUCAUCUACCUGUCGGGGAACGUCAUCAUGUUCCUGGGCUUCUUCGCGCCCAUCGUCUUCCUCUCGUCCUACGCUAAAGACAACGGCGUGGACGAGUACCAAGCGGCGUUCCUGCUGUCCAUCCUGGCGUUCGUGGACAUGUUCGCCCGGCCGUCGAUGGGUCUGCUGGCCAACUCCCGCUGGGUGCGGCCCCGGAUCCAAUACUUCUUCAGCUUCGCGGUGCUGUAUAACGGGGUGUGCCACCUGCUGUGCCCGCUGGUCCAGAGCUACACCGGGAUGGUGGUGUACGCCGUGUUCUUCGGCUUCGCCUUCGGGAUGGUGAGCGCGGUUCUGUUCGAGACGCUGAUGGACCUGGUGGGGCCGCAGAGGUUCUCCAGCGCCGUGGGUCUGACCACCAUCGUGGAGUGCUGUCCGGUGCUCAUCGGGCCGCCGCUGGCAGGGAAGCUAGUGGACAUCACUAAGAACUACAAGUACAUGUACCUGUGCUGUGGAGCGGUGGUGGUGUUCUCCAGCAUCUGGCUCUUCAUCGGGAACUUCAUCAACUACCGUCUGCUGGACCGCGAGCGCAAGCGCGAGGAGACGUACCAGCGGGCCGCGCAGCACGACGCAGAUGCUAACGCAGACACUAGCGCUACGCAGGAGCUCAACGAGAGUAAAGACGCCGUCAUGCAGUGUGAAACCAACAUCUGAACGUCUAUGCAAACACUGGAGACACUGCCAGAGUCGAUCCGCGCGGCUUCAGCGAGCACUUCGACAGGCUCAGGUUCAGCUAAAGCUCGCGUCAGAACAGUGUGUGUUCAAUGCUCACACACACACACUCACACACACACACACACACAGGUGUAUAAAGCAAACUGAUCUGCUACUGAAUGUAAAUCUGAUGCUUUAGAGCCUUAUGAAUCUGUUCCUGAGGAUUAUUACCGAUCAUUACUACCAAAUCUAUGAGCAAUAUGAUUUACACCAGACGUCCUCAGGGGAAACGCUAGUUUUGUUCUGUGUUGGGUUCUUUUUCACACACACACACACACACACACACACACACACACACACACACACACACACGGACGGAUUAAUGUGAUUCAGUUUCACCAUAAACACUUUUUGACCUAUGAUGUAUUGCCUUAAGUAUAGAGUAAGCAUCUAUUAUUCUACUAUGAACUGUAUUGUUUAACGUAUUAGCUGAUGUAAAUCCACAAGAUGCUGUAUAAUUUACUGUAUGAAAUGCAUCUCGUAGUUCUGCUUUUCUUUAACGCCCUGGAAUUAAUUUAAAAAUUCACAUCUAUUUUAAGACUGUAAGACAAGCUUUUGUUGUCGAAUGUCUAUGAGCACCAAAAGUAUUAAUAAUUAUCAUUAAAUUAUUAUCUUAACACAGUACAACGUAUGCAUUGUUAUAAUGUCAGAAUUGAUAUGUUGUGCUAUUUUUAGCAUGUAAACUAAUGGCAUUUAUUUAAUGAUGUGGUUAUUACAUGCAUCAUUUUGUUUUAUAUCAUUUUUGCUUUUUUUAUCCUUUGUUAUGAUUGUCGAGAAAUAGACCAAACUGCCACUAAAAACAUUCACACGCACAUAUACAUUAUUAUUUUGUAUUAACUUCAUGCUUUUUUUUUGUAAUUGUUAAAAUUAGCCAACAAAUGUAAUCAGUUUAACUGGAUCUUUAACCUCUUAUGACAUGUGACUGUAUUCACUUUUGUUCAUAAUUCUGGAUGUGCUGAUAUUUGAAAUUAAACCACAUUUGGAAGAUCUAUAACUCAACCGAACACCCAUCUA